UGCCUUGUUAGGAUGUGGUACCCGGUUCAGUGGAUGCAGGAAGAUUAGCAGCUUUGAGCAUCAUUGCUAGGGAACCAUGGCCAGCCAGACCCAGGGAAUCCAGCAGCUGCUGCAGGCGGAGAAGAGGGCUGCAGAGAAGGUGGCAGAAGCCCGAAAACGGAAGGCACGGCGGCUGAAGCAGGCCAAGGAAGAAGCCCAGGCUGAAAUCGAGCAAUACCGCUUGGAGCGGGAGAGAGAGUUCCAGCAGAAGCAGCAGGCGGCUCUGGGCUCACAGGGGAACCUGUCUGCUGAGGUGGAGGCCCAGACACGCAAGAAACUGCAGGCGAUGCAGGGAGGACAAGCUCGGGGCAAGGAUCGAGUCCUACGUCAACUUCUCACCCUUGCCUGGGAUGUGCGGCCCCAACUACACCCCAAUUACCGCCUGUCUGUCUAAUGGACCCAAUGACCACCCUGUAAAUAGCACCUGGUUGCCUAGGGGACCUGGCUGACCCAUAUUCUCCACCAAUCCCUGGCUGGUAUAGUACAAGACUCCCAAUUCCUCAAGACCCAGCUUCAUAAUGUCCUCACAAUAUCAGCUCCCAACCUCUACCUAACCUUCCCUGAACCCUACAGAUCUGACCUCUUGUGCUCCCAAAAACUCCCUGCCAAUGAUUUCUCAAACUUCAUAAUAUCUCAUAUCAAGGUUGUGAAUUCCUGUUUAUGGUAUUAAAGUUCAAUAUCACCCGUUGAGGGGGAAAUCUUGUCUUCAAAACUGCUGUGAAUACCCUCAGCGGAACUCUCUAGAAAGACAUAUCCCAGUUUUAAAUCUGCAACUAAGGUUCUGUCUCCACCCAAACCCCGUUUCUCUGCUUCCCAGUCUUAGCUGCUCCUUGUUUUGUUGUUGGUUUUGGGGGUGUGGGACAGACGGACAGUGAGGUCCCCAUAGCAAUAUGGGUCUAUUCCCUUCCACAUCACAGUUCUGCUCCAUCUGCAUUGUUAUGCCCCAUGGCAUGAAGGGGCGUGUCUAAGAAAUCCAGGAGUUCCAGGAGUGCUAUCUAGUUUUCCCACUGGUGAGUGUAUGUGCACUUGAAAUCAUGGCUUCCUGUCUUUAUUCUGCUGCCAUUGUAUCUCUGUUUAAUUCUCACUACUGCCCCCCCGGCCCAGUUCCCCCAAGCUUAUUUAUCUACGCCUGGACAUUUCAAUUGUCACUUCUGAACAUGAUGAAUAAAAGUUACCUGGUUAAAAUGGA